AGCUGCCGUAGCCUACUACCAGGCUUACAACACUGUUGCUGAGACACAGCAAAUCCCUCAAAAUGCAUGCAGUGCAAGCCUCACCUGAAACCACGCACACACACACACACACGGACGGACGGACGGACGGACGGACGGACAAGUGUUUUUGGAUUGGCUGUUUACACAUGAACGUUCUGUGGCACAAAAUUAACCCAACCAUCUGCGGAAAAAUGGAAAUGUGCUUCUGUUCAUUGGGAAUCUUUACUUUUUUUUUUACUCUGAACGGUUUAUUUUUUCCAACUGCUGGUUAUGUGCUGAAGGACUGCUGGAUCACACGGCACACACAGGCCAUCUGUAAGCCCAUUGGUAGAACUUUAAAUGUGUUUCCAAAGGACAUUCCAGCAAGGGUGACGACUAUGGACUUGUCCGUAAAUAAAAUUUCAAAACUAAAUAAUACCGAUUUGGAAGAUUUACCAAAUCUGUUGCACAUAGACCUGACAGAAAAUCGGAUCUCUGAGAUAGAAUCUGGCACUUUUGCGGGCCAAAUUUCUCUAGAGGUUUUGAUUUUAAACAAAAAUAAGCUUAGAAAACUGAAGAAGGGUAUAUUUGAUGGCUUAGUUAAACUCACAAUGCUUGGACUUACUCACAAUAAGAUUGAAACAGUAGCACCCACCUCUUGUAAGUCUCUGAUCAAUCUAAAGUUUUUGGAUCUAGGCCAUAACAAACUGCACCACUUAACAAAUUAUCAGCAAAUCUUACAGCAAAUGCCACAUUUACAGACCCUUCACGUUGGAGCAAACAAUAUAUCCACUUUUAAUUCGUGGGAGCUGUCAAAUAAGCCUACAGAACUUAUUACACUUGAUUUGUCUCAAAAUGAGCUUUUGGUCUUUGUGCUCACUGCCGAUAUCUUUCCCAAACUCACAAAGUUGGGCCUUAAUGAUGGUAUAAAGAAUGGUAUGGUCUGGGAGAUGAAUGACACAUCACACCUUAUUGGCAUUUCUGAACUAGAUAUCAGUAGGGUUCACUCCUCAUUAGACGGACUGCAGGAAGUUCUGGAGACAUUUAACUCCUCACUGAUGAAUCUGACGUUAAACCAUAUGAAAAAAACCCUGGAAAUUCUCAUAAGUAUUUCCUGCAAAAUCCCAUCGCUGACCUCUCUUACAGUCCAACAUAAUAGCAUCAGGGUUAUUAGUUCAGACAUGCUGCACUUGUGCUCCAAUGUGAAUGAGUUGGACUUGGGGCACAACAAGAUAACUAACAUAUCUGACGAAUCAUUUCAAUCUCUUAGGCAGCUUCAAAUUUUAGUCCUUAUGUUCAACAGUCUCUCAUCUGUCCCAUAUGCCAUCAGGAAUGUAUCAACACUCUUUAAACUGGAUCUCAGCUUCAAUCGCAUGCGUUUGCAUGACUGUGAGGAUUUUGCCAACAUGAAAAGUCUCAGAAUUCUCUUUCUAAACAAUAAUCAUUUAGGUGCUCUAAAGGACUGUGUUUUCAGAGAUUUAGUCAAUUUAAAAAACUUGCAGUUGCCAAACUGCAGUAUUCGUAAAUUAAACGGUGCGUUCAUCAACACCAUGCCAAAUCUCCAAGUGCUUAAUUUGUCAAAUAAUCAACUCACUGUUCUAGAUCAGGGAGAAUUUAAAGCUUUGAAAUCCCUUCAAAAUCUGACAUUAGAUGGGAAUAAAUUAAGCAAGUUAAAAAGUGGUGCAUUUCAUGGACUGUCCAAUCUUAGAUACCUUACACUUCAGUCAAAUAAACUCAAAGAAACUCAAAUCAAAAACAAAGUUUUUCGUGACUUGAAGGGAUUAAAGUCAUUGAAUUUGAUGAGCAAUCACAUUAAAUAUAAAUCAGCUGAGUUGAUUCCCAAGGCACCAUUUGCUGAGCUUUCAAAACUAGAUACAUUGAUUCUUUCAGGGCAACACGGUCGAUUUGGAGCAUACCUCCCUCAAAAUCUUCUAAAAGGCCUGACAAAUUUGUCAACACUCAAUAUCAGAAGUUCCCAUCUUAUGUAUAUGCACCCACAUACCUUCAACUAUACACCCAAUCUGAAAGUGCUUUCCUUGAGUUCAAAUGAUAUUGCUGACUUUGUUCAUGGUUUGUUUUCUCCGAUUCAAAAACUAAAAAGUCUCAAAAUCUCACAUGCAAGUCUGCAGUCUCUAGAUUUUCUGCUGCAUGCUAACCUUACAGAGCUGAAGUUCUUGGAGGUGAGACAUAAUGCCUUUUCGGGGAUUAGAGAAACUGUGUUGCAGUCUCUGCCAGCACUUGAAUACCUAGAUAUAAAGGGUAAUAGCUUCAGCUGUGACUGUGACAAGGCGUGGUUCCUCCAAUGGGUAAUCACCAACAAGCAAACACAAGUGUUUGAUGCGUACAACUUUGAAUGCAACUCCCCUCCAAACCUUAAAGGGAAAAAACUGUUGGACAUUGACAUUCGAUCUUGUGCAGUAGACAUGGGCUUCAUCUGUUAUAUUUCCACGGCAUGUGCGGUCAUCAUGACCAUAGCAGUCUCCUUCACCCACCAUUUCCUGCAAUGGCAUCUGGUCUACACGUACUACCUCAUGCUGGCGUUCCUCUACAACUCAAAGCACAAGAACAAGCGUGCUCAUCAAUACGACUCCUUCGUCUCCUACAACGCAAAAGACGAGGGCUGGGUGCUGGGGGAGCUGCUGCCCAAGCUGGAGGAUGAGCAGGGCUGGACACUGUGUCUGCACCACCGAGACUUCCAGCCAGGGAAGUCCAUUAUGGACAACAUAACAGACGCCAUCUAUGGCAGCCGGAAGACCAUCUGCGUAGUCAGCCGGGAUUACCUGAAGAGUGAAUGGUGCUCCAGAGAGAUCCAGGUAGCCAGCUUCCGUCUGUUUGACGAGCAGAAGGACGUGCUGAUCCUGGUGUUCCUGGAGGACAUUCCCAUGCAGCAGCUGUCUCCGUACUACCGCAUGAGGAGGCUCCUGAAGAGAAAAACCUACCUGAGCUGGUCCCGCGCAGACGCACACCCAGACCUGUUCUGGGAGAAGCUCCGACAGGCCCUGGACACCCAGGAACACCCAAUGGGUGAGCAUCUACGGCUCACCGUGGAGGACGGACCCCCAGGAGAGAGACCAGACCAGUAAAAGGUUUAGAAAGGCUGGAGGGGGGGUGAGACCUUGGACUCAUUGGCAAAUUCUCAAAAUUCUUAAUUCGUGUGACAACCCGAGGAAACUAGUGCUACAGACGUUCACCGACGGCCUGACAAGGUUCACGGUUUGUUCAUAUCACAGUUUUGGGGUCACUAUUGUCUCUUCGACACACUUGAGAUGUAGCUCCUUCAUCAUGUUUUCACUUUGAAUGUUUUGGAUACCAUGGAUACCAUUAACAGUGCACAUUUUCAGAUCUGUACUCUUUUAAGAAAGCCCUUAAUUCUCUUGUGAAAUGUGUGCUUGGAGUUUUCUUGAUGUUGUGUGCUUAUCAAUCGACAUUUUCAGAAUGUGAAUGAGGCAUCUUGCAGUUCAGGAAUGUCAGUGGCUCAACGGGAUAAUGCUGUGUACUGGUGUUCCUUAGGUUGAGAGUUCAUUGCCUGAUUUGAGCACUAUUAACAAGCCGAACAUGACAUUCUGUCAAGUUCUCAUUUAAGAAACACAACAUUGAACAGCACCUGAAAUUCAUCAGGCAAUCCACAUUCCGGCUCAUUAGUCUCCAAGAAUCUGACUGCCAAGACACAUAAUGGCAUUAAGGGGAACUUCUACAUUAACCAUUUUCCCUUCAUAAUUAGCUCAUUAUGUCAUAUUUAUAUUUCUUAGUAGUGUUCUUGACUACAAAUGUUUAAUUUUCCCAGAAUUUCAAAGAUUUUUCAGGUAUAUGCUUUGAAGAAAGCCCUUAAUUCACUUGAGAAAUGUGUGCUUUAAGUUUUCUGGAUGUUGUGUGCUUAUCAAUAGACAUUUUGACCAUGUGAAUGAGGCUGCAGUUCAGGUUUAUAAGUGGAACAUCUUUCCUUAAAUAUCACAAUUAUAUGUUCGAUUUUUAUAUCUUCCAUUAGUGUGUUCUUGACUGUUAAUUUAGCUCUGACCCCGUUAAUCUUCGCUUGCGGUUAUAUUUCUAAUUGUCAUUGUGUAUUUUUUUAAGAAGAACUGCCUACCAAAAAUCUUCAUUAUUGCCAAUCGUUUCUUUGUCCCACUUCCUAUAGCAGUAUUUUUCUUAUUUAUUUGAAUACAUGAAUUAAUAUGUUUCAUGUAUUUUGAAGGCCUAUUGUAUUUUCCGUCUGCUGUUUGUUCUUGUAACUUUACAUGGUAACACUUUACAAUACAAACAUUAAGCAUUGCUUUAAAUAACUUUAAAGCAAUAAAUUAAUACAGAAAUGAGCAUUAAUGUGUUGCUUUAAUAUUGGGGUUAGUGUAAGCAGUAUAAAUAAUUAAAUAAAGUAUUAUUAAAUACCUUAUAACAUGAACAUCAUUAGUUUACAUGAACACUUUUGGUAAAUGAUUACUAGACCAUUCUUCAACUAUUAAAUAUCUUUGUUUAAUAAUUAUGACUGCAUUCAAUAAUGUUAAGAAAUGGUAAAUAAUGUACCUUCAUGUGAAGUGUUCCCCUUGCAUUACUAUUAAAGUUACAUGAGUUCAUGAA